AUUGGUGCGGUUCUUCUUUCUGAGCUGGUGCGUGCCCAGUACCCCCCAAUGCUAGAGAGGUUGAUAAUAAUCAACUCUGAACUCCUUUCUGGAGUUAAUAUAACUUAUAAAAAGAUACUAGUAAGAAGAAGUCAUUGUGUAGCUAUUAUCUAG